ACUGUAGUCGAGCAAGGCAAGAGUAGAAGAUAAAGGAUUGGCCGUCACAGGUCGCGCUAUCAGCACGGUGUAUAGUGUGUUUUGGAGGUCAGAAUGGGAAAAUAAGCAGUGUUCGGAUGUCGUCAUGGGAAGCAAAGUGAGUGGCAAGAUGGCCGCUGCCAGUAGGGUCGUGCAGGUUGUGCGACCUCAUGCACCUUUAAUUAAAUUUCCUGAUAGAAUGGGCAUCCCACGGCCGAAUGUUCAAGAGGUGCUGAAAGUUCUUGCAGCCACUAUCCCACAGAUCUCUCCAUCUGCACCUCCGCCAGCUGCAUCAAUAUCACCUCCACCCAGACCACCGGGACCCGUCAGCCAACUGCCUGGAACUCCUGAUAACAUUGCUGUACUUAAAGAUCUUCCCCAGAGAUAUCGCAGGGGAACCCUUGCCUUAGAAGAAAUGGAUUAUAUUGAGCGUGGUGGGCCAGAGUGACAGUGGCCUAAUUUAUUCACUCAGCAUACUUAUUGGUUUUUAUUUCUUUUCUCAAAAUAAAGAAACAAAAGAAAUUCUCAUUUCUUUUCUCAAAAUAAAAGGAAUUAUGUGUCAAUAUACCACAAUGUCACCAUAUGUCAUGAUUAUAGUAUUGUAUAGAGAUUAUUAUUUAACAUAAUUGCACAGCCUGAUUGGUUGUUUAUCUACUUAGGUGCUGUAUAUUUACAUUUAUAUUUUACAUAUUAAAUAACCUCAGCUGUCCACCCUUAUUGUAGUUUUGUUUAAUUGGCAACUCUUGUCUGAAUCUCUGGCCAUCAUGAAUGCCAUAGUGAAUUUUCUCCUGCAUUUCAGAUUACCUCUUCUGGCUUUGGUGCAAACCUUUGCCCUCAGUGCCAGUAUGUUAUACUGAUCCAUGCUGAUGAAAAUAAACCACUACAAAUAUUGU